CACACAUGCAUUCUGCAACCUUUGAAUCGUCUCUUUCGCUUUCCUGCAGUAUCGACUGUAAUCCGCCUUCUCUAUGUGCCUUCAAUACCCUACACCGGCUCAGGCACUCCUACGGCUCUCUUUCUAGUCUUCAGCAGUUGGCUGGUUCCACUCAUAGACGAUCACUUCAAACAUGAGAUGAAUGCUAUCCAAGAUGGGCGACAGGCCUGAUAAACGGUACGGAGUAGUCCUAGAUGCUGGUUCAUCUGGGACGAGAGUUUACAUAUACCGAUGGCUCCCUAACUCGGUCGCUCGACUUGAUCACACCUCCCUGCAUGCUUUACCCGACCUGGAGACAAAGGACAAGUGGACGAAAAAAGUGCACCCGGGAGUGUCAACCUUUGGCGAGACACCCGACUUGGUCGGUCCAGAUCAUUUAAAACCCCUCCUCGAACACGCCCUCAAAUAUAUCCCUGAAGCUGCAGUCCCUAAUACGCCCGUUUUCCUGCUUGCGACGGCCGGCAUGCGCCUACUCCCUAAUCAACAGCAACAGAGCCUAUUGCGAAACAUCUGUUCCUAUCUAAAAUCCGAGACGGAAUUCUCAAUCCCAGACUGCGAUGUCCAUGUACAAGUAAUAUCCGGGGAGACAGAAGGGUUGUAUGGGUGGAUUGCGGCGAAUUAUUUGCUUGGGGGAUUUGACGAGCCUGAAGACCACGAUCAUGGCAAGGGACAUCAUACAUACGGCUUUUUAGACAUGGGCGGCGCGUCUGCUCAGAUUGCUUUCGCGCCGAAUGCCACGGAAGCCGAGAAACACGCCAACGAUCUCACCCUGCUGCGCCUCCGGACAAUCAAUGGUGUGCCACAAGAGUACAAGGUGUUUGUCACGACGUGGCUGGGUUUCGGCGCUAACGAGGCACGACGGAGAUAUGUGGAGGAUCUCGAAGAAUCAUACGCCAUCGACGGGAUCCUAGAGGUCCCCGACCCAUGUUUGCCGACAGGAUUGCGAGUAAACUUCGACGGUACCAUCAUAUCAGACGACGGUCCCUCUCUUUCGAAUCAUUAUCUACGGGGAGUCGGGAGAUUUGACGAAUGCCUCAGACGCACGUUCCCCUUGCUCGAGAAGGAUAUACCCUGCCCAGACGAACCGUGCCUGGUUCAUGGAGUCCACGUUCCCGCCAUCGACUUUGAGGUCAAUCACUUCAUUGGCGUAAGCGAGUACUGGCACACCACGCACGAGAUCUUCGAGAUGGCGCACAAGGAUAAAGCAUAUGAUUUCAAUACCUAUCAGAAGAGGGUCAAGGAAUUCUGCGAGCAAGACUGGUCAGACAUCCAGAAGGGUAUCGAGGAUAAAACGUGGGGCGACAAAGUCGACGAAAAGAACGCGCUGGAAGUGUGUUUCAAGGCUAGUUGGCUGAUUAAUAUGCUUCAUGACGGUAUCGGGAUUCCCAGAGUCGGACUCGAAGACACGGAAGUCUCAUCCCACAACGGCACGAAAGAAGUCCUGGAGAGCGCCAAGGGAAAAGGGUUUCUCGAUCCUUUCCAAGCUGUGAACAAGAUUAAAUCCACAGAGGUCAGUUGGACUAUGGGCAAGAUGCUGUUGUAUGCAUCUGCAGAAAUUCCGCCUGGCUCGGAUGGGGAUUUGCCUGUUGGCUUCGGCAGCAAUGUGCCUGGCAUCCCCGAAGACUUUCAGUAUCCUGGUGGAGGCUUGCUCCAAGCCGCCCCGGACUACCACGCCGGAGCACCUGCCACCGAUCUACAAGGGACCACUGGCGGCGACGACGGAAACAGCCAAAGCAUAACCGACCACAUUCACGACACACUCUUCAACUCUGACGCCCCACACCGCCUUCCGGGAUUCAUCUUCUUCCUCCUCAUCUUGAUCAUCGCGGCGUUCUAUCUCUGUGGCCGCGAACGACGUUCCAGGAUCUACCUGUCCCUCCGACCGUCCUCCCCGACCGCGCCCUCUGCCUUCUCAUCCUCGUCGACUCCGAAGUUGAGGACCCCGUUCAAAUUUCUCCACGCGCUCCUCGGUCGCCGCAAGGGCGCCUUCCAUUUCGACAGAGACCGGGACCUCGAGGACGGAACGUCCCAGCAGCUCUACGACCCGAACGACUUCGAGCUGGACAACAUGUCCGACGAUGACAGCACGGCCCUCGAACCGGACGUGGCUUUUGCCAAGUCGAGCCCUCCCCGACCGACGUCACAGGGCCGAACCUCGCCUUUUCAGAGCAAGCGGCACGGUUCGGAGAGGUUGAGGCCGAAUCCAAUCGACCGCGCGGGACUGGUGGUCCGGACAGAGAGUCGCGAGAGCCUGGCCGGCGGGGACGCGGGCGUGAACGGGCGGUCCAAGAGCAGGAACGGGAGUCCGACCAGGAUGAUAUGAUGUGGUGAAGCCGAGUCCCUAUUUUCCUGCUUGCCUAGAAAAGUUUUCUGUCGGGUUAUUGCAGAGGAACAAUGAAACAUGGAAUAUUGUAAUGCUCUCCACCUCGAAAAGAAUCGUGAACGUCUACCCAUGUAGGAACCCUCACGAAAAGCGAGCUGAGUGGGCGGGGCCGAGUAGCCACGGCUCGGUAUUGUACCUGGUAUAGAUAGACAGACGAUGAAAAGCUAAACAAGGAAGCUCACAGUGUUUUGACUUGUUUGCGUCAAAAGUCAUCGCGCCGGCGAAGGGUAAAUCCUCCAACUUCAAAUUGGUAAUACAUACAUACACACAUUACAACAGUACAAUGGCGCAGUGGUCCGGUGGUCGGCAUAUACAUACAUGGGGAGUAAGAGUAGGAGAAGUAGGGGAAGGAGGAGGAAUUGCCAUCAAU